UACAGAAAUAUCUUUGAACAUGGUAACUCUGCAUCCAGCAAGUGUUCUAAAACGUCAAAACAAAAGAAAAAUCAAAACACGUGAAGUUUAAAUUUCUAUAACAGCAUAUUUUCUCUACAAGUUUUCUAUAGUUUUCAAUUUAAAACAUGAGUACCAGACGUGGGGAUAGUGGUCAUCGAACGCGCGCACAGAAGCAUAAAAAUACAUUUGCCUUCAAAAAUGAUCUUCAUGAUAUGCACACACCUCUCAUAAAAUUGAUUAAUACGCUAAAUGUAUGCGAAGUUUGCGAGCAUUGCAAAGAGAUAAUCGAGUGGAAAAUCAAAUACCGAAAAUACAAACCACUGUCUCAGCCUAAAACUUGCAAUCAAUGCAAUGAACGGAAGGUGAAACGAGCUUACCAUGUACUGUGCCGGGACUGUGCACUCGACAGUAAGCGUUGUGCUAAAUGUCUCAAGCCAGCCGAAGAAGUCACAAUCAUUCCACCGGAACCUACCGAUGAGGAGAAACGCAUGCUAAAAGUGGAAAUGGAUCAACUUAUCAAGUCGCUACCGGAGAGGAAAAGGCGAACGUUCCUGCGAUAUAUGAACAAGAAUAAAAAGAAGGAAAAUGUCGAAUCGGAAGGCGACGAUGCAGAACUUCGCGGGAAGAAUAAUGAAAAUACACUAAGGACAAGAGAAGAACUGUUGGAAAAAUUUGAGCAGCUCAAACUUGCUGGAAACAACGAGGAAUCUUCUUUGUUCUCUGGUAGUGACUAUGAAGAUUUCAGCGAUGAGCAUUCAGAAUAAAAUUGUGUUCGAAAUAAAAUUCUUUUAAUGCACUAA